AUGGUACCAGUGCUUCCUGUCGUACAGAAUACCUCAUCCGGAUCAAACUCACAGGUUCUUAAACCUGUCUGUAUACCCAUUGCGGAGAAUGAGUUCCUCCUUGCUAGUGCCACGAGUUCAGGACAAACAGCCAUUGGAAUUUUUUGCAGCGGUUCAGGAGAUCCAGUUCGUGGAACCUUACAGUGGUCUAGUUAUCCUCGCGCGUUGGCUGUCGAAUUUCCUUAUGUCACAGCUUUGCUGCGGGGCAACAUUGUCGAGAUCCAUAACAUUCUCGAUCAAAAGUUGGUACAGACCAUCCGCUUCGAUCCAUCCAUGGAGUUACGGACAUUGAUGCAAGGCCCAGGCAUCAGUGUAUGGAUGUCCAUGUUGGCACAGGUGCUCACUUUUCAAACAGGCGAUCAAAUCGCUCAGCAGCCUGCUGAAAGGGAGUGGAGGCAACAGGAAGCCAAUCGCAUAUCCACUGUUCUGGCAAGAGUCCUUAUUGCAGGAAAGGAUGGUGUGUCGGCAUUAGUAACGACUCCAUUAGUCCUGCAUGCUGAUACACUAUUACAAAAAGGACGCGUGGAAGAGGCAUUACUUUUGUCUGAAAAGACCACGGCGACCAUGUCGGUGGAAAAUCUUCAUCGGGAACGACUACAAUUCGAGCUGGAUUACAUUUACCAGAAGUCAGGUCUCAUCUAUCUCGGCGAGACAUUGUUCGAUGAUGCAUUUGGCCUUUUGCAUCGAGGAAAAAUGGACCCACGAGUAUUGGUAUCCAUGUUCCCGGACGUUUUACAAAAGAGGAAUCUCAUAAAUGAUGUUCCUUUGUUCAGAGGAAUCCGGAAUCAGAUCACACAACUUGGAACGCUGCCUAAUAUCAGUAAGUAG